CAUUUGGCUUUGAGUUUUUGUUCAGAAGUUGAGAUUUGGAAUGGAUCGAUAGACUGAUGUAAGUAUCUGGAUGUCCGGUAUGUGCUGUACUGAAAAACCACAAGUUAUUGUAGGAAACUACAGAACACAGCCCUAGCCCUGUAUCGACUAGGAAAUUUCGGAACUGGGCAGCCGUAAAACCCACAGCAACCAUGAAGACACGCACUCCGACACGCACGCUCCCUUUAGCAAUCCCACCCUGAACUUCAUGGCAAUGGGUCCGGUGCACGGCCCUCAAGUCCAACGCUUUUGGACGCGCUCAAGCUUCCCAGUUAAAACCAAUCUUUUAAGACCCAGGUGCUCUAGAUUCGAAGGUUUCGCCGAUCAGGCCCUCUAGCCCGGCCCCAUCUCUAUGGUUUUCUCCGUGGGCCGCUCUAGCCUGCGCGGGGAGCAGUGAGACGUCGUGGCUCGCCUUCUAGGCUGCGGGAGGCCUCGGAGAGCGCCUCUCUGGUCGCGCGGUCGGCCAUGGAGACCUUGCGCAAAGCGCUGAUCGUGGGUGCCCUUCUGGGCGCCGGGGCUGGCGUGGGCUCCGCGCUCUUUGUCCUCGUGGCUCCGGGAGAGCAGCGGAAGCAGGAGAUGCUGAAGGAGAUGCCCGAGCAAGACCCGCGGCGCAGGGAGGAGGCGGUCAGGACCAAAGAGUUAGUGCUAGCCACUCUGCAGGAGGCAGCGGCCACGCAAGAGAACGUGGCCUGGAGGAAGAACUGGAUGGGCGGCGGCGGCGGGAAGUCAGCGUGAGCUGGGACUUCCAUCGUGGGCACUGGGACCUUGCUCCUGCGCAAGAGUCGGAGGCAGCCUUUCUCCUCCGUACGCCCAGCGGGGAGACCCGAUUGAGGAUGCCGCGCCCAGACCUCCCUGAGGCCCUGGGAGCCGUUGCAGGGUGAGCACGUCCCCUAUCAAAAGAUGCACUGACUGCACUUUAACAUCCUACGUCGCGGGCGGGGGCGUCGGAUAUGGUGAACCCGAAAGAACCAAUAAAUCACGUUCCUCCGUCCAGUCUGUGA